GGGUUGAUUCGAAUAACAGUGAUGAGAGAUCUUUUUUUUCCCACCACAAUUGCCAAUCCAAUUCAAAAUGAACGAAAUGAACACCAAAUCGCUGAAACAAGAGCUCAACACCAUCCAGGCGGCCCACCAGUACAUUGCAAAAUACGUGGACGAUACCAUUGAGAACAUCGAGCAGAUCAAGUCCUGGCCGGAGUCAUCCAGCGCCCUCAACGAGCAAACAUUGAGGCUGAUCAAGGAGCAUCAUGAAGCGCAGGUGGAAGAGCAAGCGCUUCAGUCGCGCAUCAAAUCAUUGGGUAACGAUAAAAACGUGGAGGAUGCCUUCGCGUGCAUCGUGGAGAAUCUUCAUCAUCUUGGCUGCAGCCUAAAGCCCAUCCUCGACGAGCACUCACAGACCCUCUACAUGUUCGACUUUGGCGACAAUCAAUCGCUGACAGUGCAGUGCAAUGGCGGCUGCAUACGCCUCAUCGACAUGAGUCCGCGUCGCCAGAACUUUGCCCAGAUAAAGCUCUUCCUGGAGCAAAGCCAGGACCUCAUGGGCUUGAUCAGCAGCCUGGGCAUGGGCUAAAUUCGAGUGCAAACUCUGCUCGUGCGGCUAGUUUCGAAUUGUUUAUAAAUACAUAUGUAAAGUAUAGGUAUCA